GAAAGAUAUUAGCGUGGCAACAACGAAACUGUGUACAUCAAUAAUGGACAGCUGUGUUGUUAAAACUGAAAUAUCUGGACUGCACUGUAAAUUAUUUGAAAUUCCUUUAACAAUGGAUUUGGAUGACAUGUUAAUUAAAGAAGUGCGUCUUCGUCCAUUUCUAUACGAUCUAUCACACCCCGAUUACAAAAGUUUAAAGAAAAAAGAAUAUACAUGGAGGCAUAUUGCUGUACAAUUAAAAUUGAGCGAUUUGCAGUGCAGAAAAAGAUGGAAGAGCCUCCGUGACUCCUAUAAACGGUGCAAAAGAAUGAAGACUGACGGUAGUACUGAAAGUACAAGGAAAAAAUGGAGGUAUUUAGAAGCGAUGUCCUUUUUGGAAAAUGUUAAAGAUCCCAAGCGUAGAAUUCGAAGUUCAAGUGAAGAAAUGGACCCUAUAAGUGUAGAUGAAGCGCUGCAAUUAUUGGAUGAGGAUUCAACAAACGCAUCGUUCUCGGAGCCAGAAAAUUCUCCGACAAGAUCUGCUGAUGCACAUGGGCAAACGGCAAGUUCUCCAUGCAGACCUUCUGAUGCACAUGGGCAAAGAGCAAGCGCAAGUUCUCCAUGCAGACCUUCUGAUGCACGUGGGCAAAGGGCACGCGAAAGUUUUCCGUGCAGACCUUCUGCUGCACGUGGGCAAUGGAAUUCCCAGAAAAAGGACAAUGACAAGUUUAAACAGUUUUUGGAUUUGGCUAGCACAAGCAUAUCGGACACUUGUGCGGCAUUCGUGGAAAAAGCACAAAAACAGGACUCCACCGCACUUCACUUUUCCAGUUUAGCGGCGAAGAUAACAGAAGCCGGUCUACCGCCAAAAGUGGUUAAUCAAAUAGAAGCCAAAGUCUCGGCCAUAGUGUUUGGUGAAAUUGAUAAAUUUUAUUCAGGUCUUUUAAAAUAGACGUACAUAAAUAAUAGAAGUAAGCAAUUUAAAUAAUUUUGAAAACUUAUAAGCACACAAAGUGCUUUAUUUUAAGUUAUAUAUGUAUAUGCAAAUAGAUUUGAAAAUGAAUCUUAAA